GGGGUCUUUGCCGCACCGCGGCCCACCCUGCGCCCGAGGCGGGGCGGCUGGCAGCUGCGGGGAGCGGGAAUGGCUCGGCCGGGCGCUGGCGGGGCGCUGCUGCGGAGGCUCCGAGUCCUCGCCCAGCUCCCGCCGGCCGCGCGCGGGGCGCCGCCGCUCGGACUCCGGGGACCUGCUGCUGCCGCCGCCUCUGCCUCCUACGGUACUUCAAUAACAUCUGCUAAAAUCAAAGUGAAUGGAGUGCCUCUGCAUUAUAAACAGACAGGACAAGGGGAUCAUGCAGUUCUGCUUCUUCCUGGGAUGUUAGGGAGUAGUCAAAGUGAUUUUGGACCACAGCUCAAAUCUAUGAACAAGCAGCUGUUCACAAUAGUUGCCUGGGAUCCUCGAGGCUAUGGACAGUCCAUUCCUCCAGCUCGAGAUUUUCCUCCAGAUUUCUUUGAAAGAGAUGCAAGAGAUGCUGUGGAUCUGAUGCAGGCACUGAAGUUUAAGAACUUCUCUAUGCUGGGAUGGAGUGAUGGUGGGAUUACAGCUCUGAUAGCAGCUGCAAAAUAUCCAACCCUCAUCCACAAGUUAGUUGUUUGGGGAGCAAAUGCUGUUGUUACUCAGGAGGAUCUGAAGCUUUACAAUGCUAUCAGAGAUGUUUCAAAAUGGAGUGAAAAGAUCAGGAAACGAAUGGAAGAAAUGUAUGGACAUGAAUAUUUUGCAAAAACAUGUGAGGCCUGGGUGGAUGGAAUAUCUCAGUUUGCUGACAUGCCAGAUGGUAACAUUUGUCAACAUUUACUGCCUCACAUAAAGUGUCCAACAUUUAUAAUACAUGGUGGGAAAGACCCUUUGGUACCACAGUUUCAUGCUGAAUAUCUUCACAAGCACAUCAAAGGGUCACGGUUGUUUCUGAUGCCAGAAGGAAAGCACAAUCUACAUUUACGCUUUGCAGAAGAAUUCAACAGAUUAGUAGAAGAUUUCCUACGAUAAUAGAGUUUAAAAAAUUAAGUGUAUGUAAGGUUCUCUCAGUAUAGUUAAUGAUUAUAUUCCCCCUCUAUGGCCCAUCCCCCAGUCAUGUCACUGAUUUUAUUGGCAGUUCGAGUCUCCAUUAUAAGAAGCUGUAAAAGGAAGUUGUUUGCAUUUAUGCCAGUUAGAGGUAGAUUAAGAUCCUUACUGUAUCUCGCUUGGUAAACAAGUAAUGCAUGGCAGAGAUUAAUUUGUCUGUAAAAAAAGUAACUAGUGAAGCAGCAUUAAAUCUUUGACUAGAUCAAGAUUGUUAUGUAGCAAGUACUUAACUCCAUAUCAAGAAGCAUUGAAUGUGAAGUUAAAAAGACUAUAUAGAAAAAAGGUAUGCUGGAUGAGAAGUGGAGACCUAUUUUAAAGAAACAAACCAGGAGACAUUUUGAACACAUGCCUUUAUGUGUCUUAAACUUUAAGAUCAAUGCUGUCAAUAAACUUGACUUGACAAUUA